AUGCCUGAAAUAACAUGUCCUUCCUGCGACAAAAAACUUGCGUCAAUCACCGGUUAUAGUCAGCAUCUCGCGAAAACCUCCAAUCCUGCCUGUCGUACCCUCUACCUUUCCUCACGGCAAUUCGCUCCAGACCCAGCAAAUGAUGUAGAUAUAGAUGCACCUGAUUCAAAUCAUCCGCUGCAUUUUGAAGGUGAUUUUUUUGGGACAUACGCUGAGAAUGAGCUUGCAUGGCCAGGGUCAGAUGACGAGGGGGAUGUUGGUCAAGCGCCUAUGGAUGAAGAAGACUCAGAUAAUGACAUCAACGAUCACGACGAAUGGGAGCCUCCUGCAGCACCAGCACUACCAAGUCAGUCUGCGGAGCAUCAUGACACUAACGAUCAUGACAGAUGGGAACCUCCUGUAGUGCCAGCACCCGCGCACAAUGACGCCUUGCACCCACCUACCGCAGAUCAAAGCCAAGAUGCUUUUCAUAUGGCGCAGCGUACCUAUAGUUCCGGACAACCCAUCGACUCAGCCAUCAAGCAGCCAAGCAAUAUAAUCUACCAUGCACAGCUUAAUGGUUCAAGUUCAACUGCGUUUUCAGAACUUGUUUCUAUUGAAGGUCUUAGCGAAAAGAUUGGUCUUUCCUUCAAGAAUACACGGGAACUGAACAAGAUUAUCGACAAUGAACUUCCAGGCCGUCCGAAAUUCAAACGCGAUCAGAUUGUUGUUGCUAAUGAAGUGUUUGACAUCUACUAUCGCGAUAUCAUUGAAUGCAUCAAGGCUCUUUUCGGUGAUCCAAAUUUUGCUGAUGUUCUGGUCUUUGUGCCUGAACAUCAUUAUGCCGACGAAGAUGAGACGAUUCGUUUAUAUCAUGAGAUGCAUACUGGAAAAUGGUGGUGGAAUAGUCAGAAACACUUAGAUCGCGAGCGCCCUGGUGCUACAAUAAUCCCCGUCAUCAUUUCAUUGGACAAGACUCAAGUUACGAUGUUUCGCAACAAAACAGCGUACCCCGUCUAUAUGACUAUCGGAAACAUCCCAAAGGAUAUUCGUCGGAAACCGUCACGCCAGGCACAUGUCCUCCUCGCAUACCUUCCAACGACUCGCCUCGAACACGUCACAAACAAAGCUGCUCGCCGAUGGAUGCUUGCCAAUUUAUAUCAUGCUUGUGUGGGACGCGUACUUGCACCACUCGCAGCUGCCGGCAUCAAUGGCAUUAAUAUGCAAAGUGGCAAUGGAAUAAUGUGUCGAGGCCAUCCUUUAUUUGCAUGUCUUGCAGGAGACUACCCAGAGCAAGUUUUAGCUACCACAGUCAAGACAACUCAAUGUCCAAAGUGCGAUGUUCCCUCCGACGAGCUUGGACUAGCAACUGGUGUUGCAAAUUGGCAACCACAAGAUCUUGGUGCAGUACUUGAUGCCCUCUGCACUCUUGACCAAGGUGGAUUGGCCUUUCCUAUUCUAUACCAAGGGCUCGUCAAGCAUCUUCUCGCUUGGCUUUCUGAUGCGUGCGGCAGUACGGAGAUUGAUGCACGAUGUCGACGCCUCCCCCAAAAUCACCAUAUUCGACUAUUUACGAAGGGCAUCACAACUCUUUCGCAUGUCAGUGGUACAGAACAUAAUCAAAUCUGCCGUUUUUUGCUCGGCAUCAUCAUCGACAUCAGUCUACCUAAUAAUAUGUCUUCCGCUCGACUCCUCCAUGCCUACCCAUGUCACAGCUCUGAGACGCUGGUUUUACUUGACGAGGCGCUUAACCUUUUCCAGGACAACAAGGACAUCUUUAUUGACCUUGGCAUUCGGAAUUCCUUCAACUUGCCAAAACUCCACUUCACAGCUCACUACGUUCACAUGAUUCGGAUGUAUGGCACUACGGACAACUACAAUACUGAAUACACCAAACGCCUUCACAUCGACCUUGCAAAAGACGCCUAUCGCUCUACGAAUCACAAGAACGAGUUUGGUCAAAUGACGACUUGGCUUGAACGGAGGGAGAAAAUUUUCCGUCACGAGAAAUACAUUCAGUGGAGACUCGUCGAAAACACCGCACGUCCGCAUCAUCAGCCCCGUCCCCCAGAAAUGACAUUUCGUCGUACUCAAACGAUGACGAAGCAUCCUACCAUCAAGGCAGUCACAUUGGACAAGGUCGCAAACGAAUAUGGUGCCACGCACUUUAAUGAAUGUCUCGCACGUUAUGUUGCGAAAGCUACCCUUCCUGUCAACACUGCUGUUACGGCCAGGCAGCUCGAAGAUCGAGCAGCUGAUAUACACAUCCCAUUUCAAAGACUACCGGUCUUUCAUAAGGUGAAAUGGCUCUUGGAUAAUGUUCGUGGUGAUGGGGAUCCUCCAGUCACAGUCGAUAGUGUCCAUGCACGUCCUGGACGUUCAGGAAAAUUUACAUCCAACAGUGUUGCGCCGCGAUUUGAUACUGUUUUCGUUAAUGAUGGCACAGGCGGGUCACUUGGCAUCAAAGGAUAUCGAAUUGCGCAAGUCCGUAUCAUAUUCUCGAUACCUCCCAAAGCCAUCCCCAAACUUUUCCCGUCCACAUUUCAGCCUCCGAAACACCUCGCAUACGUCGAAUGGUUCUCUCCCUUCCGCGUACCUGAUCGAGAUCACGGCCUGCACAAGGUCUCGCGUGUCAUUAAAAAUGGAGAACGAAUGGCCAGCAUCAUACCAAUCAGCAAUAUUCGUUGUAGUGCCCAUUUGAUUCCGCAUUUCAGCUCUGUAGCUCCUCGUGAAUGGACCUCUGCUAACGUUCUUGACGAGUGUUCAUCAUUCUAUGUAAAUACAUACUUAGAUCGAUACAGUUUUGCAACACUGCGCUAG